UUGACAGCCGGGGGCGGCGGCGCGGGCUGGACCAGGCGCCGCGAUGCGCUCGGGCCGCCGCUCUCCGAGGUGCUGACGCGCCCGCGCGCGCGGCUCGUCCCGCGCUCCACCGGCUCCGCGCGCCCACGGGCGCCGGGCUCGGCCCCUCGCCGCCCUCCCGCGCCUCCGCGACACUCCCACCGCCCCCCCUCGGCUCGGCGGCGCGGGGCGAGACGCGAAGGCGCUUUCGGAUCUAAUGCGCAGAGGCUGGGCCCGCGCGCCCCGGCUGCCCCGAGGCUGAACUCGGUCCAAGGUGCCCGCGGGCUCCCCGCCGGCCACCCCCAUGCCGGCCCGCGGCUAGGGCCCGCGCGGGCGGGGAGCGGGGAGGAAGCGUCCCGGCGCGGAGAUGGAAGGCGCCAAUGGCUUUGGGAUCGACUCCAUCCUCUCCCACCGAGCGGGCAGCCCCGCCCUUCCCAAGGGGGACCCCUUGCUGCGGGGCUGCCGCUCGCCCCUGGAGCUGAGCCCGCGCUCCGAGAGCGGCAGCACCUGCUCUUCGCGGGCCUCGCCGGGACCGGACUGCCUGGAGGCGGGGGCGCCGCGCGCCGGCGGAGCCCCGGGCCCGGCGCUGGACCCCCACCUGCAGCCCGGCCAGCUCUCGGGGACUGCCCAGUCGCGCACGGUGACCUCCUCCUUCCUGAUCAGGGACAUCCUCGCCGACUGCAAGCCACUGGCGGCCUGCGCCCCCUAUUCCAGCAGCGGGCAGCCCGCCGCCCCCGAGCCUGGGGGCCGGCUUGUGGCCAAGGCCACAGGGGACUUCCGAGACAAGCUGGACAAAAGUGGCAGCAAUGUAUCGUCGGACUCUGAAUACAAAGUGAAGGAGGAAGGGGAGAUCUCCAGCUCCAGGGACAGCCCCCCGGUGCGCCUGAAGAAGCCGCGCAAGGCGCGCACAGCCUUCACCGACCACCAGCUGGCCCAGCUGGAGCGCAGCUUCGAGCGGCAGAAGUACCUGAGCGUGCAGGACCGCAUGGAGCUGGCCGCCUCACUCAACCUCACCGACACGCAGGUCAAGACCUGGUACCAGAACCGCAGGACGAAGUGGAAGCGGCAGACGGCCGUGGGGCUGGAGCUGCUGGCCGAGGCCGGCAACUACUCGGCGCUGCAGCGGAUGUUCCCGUCGCCUUACUUCUACCCGCAGGGCCUCGUCUCCAACCUGGACCCGGGCGCCGCGCUCUACCUGUACCGCGGGCCCAGCGCGCCGCCGCCCGCGCUGCAGCGGCCCCUCGUGCCGCGCCUCCUCCUGCACGGACUCCAGGGCGCGGCCGAGCCGCCGCCGCCGCUGCCCCCGCUGGCCGGCGUCCUCCCGCGCGCCGCGCAGCCCCGGUGA